AUGUUCCAGAUAAACGGAGAAAAAGAAUCGAAGGGCAAGAAGAAAGCUGCCAAAUCAGACAGUGAUGAGAGUGAAGAGGAGACGAAGUCAACCAAAUCAAAAAAGAAAUCCACGGCCGGCUCAGCAUCCAUGUUCCAAAUAGACAAGGACAAGGACAAGGACAAGGACAAAGACAAGGGCAAAGACAAAGACAAGGGCAAAGACAAGAAGACAAAGAAGAAAGGAAAGGCAGAAGACAGUGAUGAUUCAGAUGAGUCAGAAAAGGAAGAAAAAUCAAAGAAGAAAAAGGGCAAAGGGAAAAAGAAAAAGGAGAGAUCUCCUUCACCUGAAAUUGAGUUUGACGACUUGGAGAAGUUUGUGAUGCAGCCGGCUCCGCAGGGCGUGACUGUCAAAUGCAGAGUGACUCGAGACCAGAGGGGGGUGGAUAAGAGCCUCUACCCUCUAUAUUACCUUCAUCUUGACAACGAAAAAAAGACAUUCUUGUUGGCUGGGAGGAAACGAAAGAAAAGCGCUACUUCAAAUUACCUCAUCUCCAUUGAUGCCACAGAUUUAUCAAGAGGGGGAGAGAACUUUGUUGGAAAACUGAGGUCCAAUUUAAUGGGGACUAAGUUCACCGUAUUUGAUAAUGCUCUGCAUCCAGACAGAGCUCUUCCAGACAUGUCUAAUGCACGACAGGAGUUAGCAGGCAUCAUCUAUGAAACAAAUGUCUUAGGGAUGAAAGGGCCCAGAAGGAUGACGGUUCUCAUUCCAGGAAUGAGCAAGGACAACGAGCGAGUACCUCUCCGCCCAAGAAAUGACUGUGACGGCUUGUUGAUAAGGCACCAGAGUAGGAGGAUGGACAAUAUAAUCGAGCUUCAUAACAAGACGCCUGUGUGGAACGAAGAAACUUCCUCUCAUGUGCUCAACUUCAACGGCAGGGUCACCCAGGCCUCCAUUAAAAACUUCCAGAUAGUCCAUAGUAAAGACUUGGACUACAUUGUGAUGCAGUUUGGCCGAAUAGCUGAUGACAUUUUCACACUGGACUUCAACUACCCGAUGUGUGCCGUGCAGGCCUUUGCCAUCGCACUCUCCAGCUUUGAUGGCAAAAUUGCCUGUGAAUAACAGAGAGAUCCCCAGUUGUCUUCUCACACUGAAACCAGUAUGCGGCACGCCCACGCUCACAACAGAACAACUCUUUUCUUUGGACUCGCCCUCGACACUUCCUGUGAUGGAUGGCGAUAACA